CGUGCUGGCAGGCAGGCGUUCCUUGGGGCCACCCCGCCCUCCCUGGGUGCCCACCUCAUCUCGUGCCACCCACAGCCUGUCUGGCCAGGCCCGGGCAGGUCUGAGGAUGGGUGGGGAGCCCUGAGUCUCACCCCCUCUCUCCGCCGCCGCCUCUGCCCGCCCCGCCCUGGGCCCGGCACUCAGGCCUCGCCGAGCUGGGCCCUCCUGGUGCCCGAGGCUGAGAAAUCGGGGGUCCCUGAGGGGGUCCCCGGAGCCGGCCGGGUGGGGGCGCCCUCCCCAGGGGGGCCGGGGCCAUGCCCCCUGGCGCCCUCUGAGCCCCGACCAUGGCCCGCUCGCUGACCUGGCGCUGCUGCCCCUGGUGCCUGACGGAGGAGGAGAAGACGGCGGCCCGGAUCGACCAGGAGAUCAACCGGAUCCUCUUGGAACAGAAGAAGCGGGACCGCGGGGAGCUGAAGCUGCUGCUGCUGGGCCCCGGGGAGAGCGGGAAGAGCACGUUCAUCAAGCAGAUGCGCAUCAUCCACGGGGCCGGCUACUCGGAGGAGGACCGCAAGGGCUUCCGGCCCCUCGUCUACCAGAACAUCUUCGUCUCCGUGCGCAACAUGCUCGAGGCCAUGGAGCGGCUGCAGAUCCCCUUCAGCCGGCCCGAGAGUAAGCACCACGCCAGCCUGGUCAUGAGCCAGGACCCCUACAAGGUGACCACCUUCGAGAAGCGCUACGCCGUGGCCAUCCAGUGGCUGUGGAGGGACGCGGGGGUCCGGGCCUGCUACGAGCGUCGGCGCGAGUUCCACCUGCUCGACUCGGCCGUGUACUACCUGUCCCACCUGGAGCGGAUCACAGAGCCUGACUACAUCCCCACGGCACAGGACGUGCUCCGCAGCCGCAUGCCCACCACCGGCAUCAACGAGUACUGCUUCUCCGUGCAGAAAACCAACCUGCGGUGAGCGCACGGCCUGGCGGGUGGGCAGGCUUCCUGCCGGAAGGGCGAAGGAGCUGGGGCCCUGAGGGAUGAGUAGGAGUUUGCUUGUCCCAGCCCUCACAGGGCUUCCAGGCUGAAGGAGGCAAAGCUGGACACACACACCUCCAGCGCCCCCCUCCAGUCACGACUGGGACCUGGAAGAGCCCAGAGUGAGGCACUAGAGCUCCAGGAGGGGAGGUCUUCCUGGAGGAGGGGACAUUGGUAUUGGGGCAUUGAAGGAUGAGUAGGAGUUCACUAGUGCCCACCUUUGAGGGGCUGCUGGGCAGAACCAGACAGAGACUAUGUGGUCCGGGCUAUGCCAGAGGGAAUGGUUCAGGGCAGGAAAGCUCAGAGGGUGAGCCCUCUAGUGGCCAAUGAGGAGGUGAGGCUGGAGGUCAGAAGACUCAGAAGGAGGCAGGAACCACAGUCCAGGCAGGAAGGGUGGGUAAGGGCCAGGGCAGUGGCCGUGGGGAUGGAAAUGAGGGGAUGGCGCAAAAAUUGUUUCUGAUGUAGAAUGGGCAGCGGGGUGGGGAGGCUCAGAUACGAUGGUGAAAUCAUUGGGGCAGGUUGAGUCUGAGGGGUCUGGAGCAUCUGGGAACUGGCUGGAUGCACAAAGCCUGAGCUGGAAGACAGAGGUGUGAGCGGCCAGAGCAGCAAGGGGUCGUCCAGGGAGAGUGACGGCCAGUGUCAAAGGCCAAGGAGAGGUCAGGAAGAAUAUAGGACAGUGAGAGGGACAUCAAUGACCUUAGCAAGCUCGGCAUCUGUGGGCUGAUGGCGGGGGCUGUGGAAGGUGCGGGGUGAUGCCUGGAGACACAGGUUCUACCCACCCAUGUUGAGUCUCUCCCAAGAGAGCCUGGACCGCCCCCCAAAUGUGCUGUUCUGGCCUCGGCAAUGGUCUUUACCAGGAAACUUCCUAAUUUGUCUGUUUGCCAUGGGUCUCCUCCACCAGAUGGAGAGCCCCACAAGGUCAGGGGACGAGUCUGAUUCUCCUGCUUCGCCGGUGAUCAGGUCAAGGUCAGAGUGGACAUUGGUCAACGUGGGAGGAUGGGUAAAAGGAUGGAAG